AAACCAACAGUCUGCCAAACUCGGCGGGAAGUUCGCUUGCUACAUACUCAUCAAAUGAUUUGACAAGGAAUAACGACCUCCCAGUUGGUAUGAUUGCUGGUGCUGCGGCGGCAGGAUUUGUUUUGGGGAUCAUUUUCUGUGUGAUUUUCUGUGUUAUGCUCUCACGAUGCAAGAAAUUGACUUCUGAGAAGAGGUCUGUGAAGUUCGCUGCAACUGUCGAUAUCUACGAUUUUAUCGUUACUGCAAUAAGCACUGGAAAAACAGAACAAAAUAUAGUUCAGGUAUUAGAGGAAAGAUCUCAGAAACAUGUCGACCGGAAAGGACAGACGUUACCACCUGACGACAUCUAUAACCACCUCAAUGGGGCUUCCGGUAUGUCGGAUAUCCAGCCGGAAUACGACCAUGUCCCCUCUAAUGAUACAGAUGGCGAAACAUACCAUCGUCUAGAUUUAAGGAACACCAGAAAUGUAAAUACAAUACCACUGGUUGAUAUGGAGAAUCAUUAUGACUAGAAUUUUUGUAAUAGUGACAGUGUACAAAGCAACAUCCCCCUAAUAUAAUUGAUUACUGAUAGACUGUUAUAAUAGCUUUUUGAAAAUAUUUAUAUUUCCAAUAAUUUUGUCUUCGAUAUCUUUACCAUGUUUGAAUCGUUAUAAAUAUAGUGCAACUAUUUCAAGAACUGGGAAUAUUUCGAAAGAAUUGAAAAUAUAAUGUGAAUAUGAAAAAUAAAUUUCGUUUCUGAAUAUAGGCGAGGGUUUGAACAACAACGUUUUACGCCAGCAUUCUUUACAUAAUGCGCUAACGCGUUUCGUGGAGUAUCCCGGCGUACAACGCGGCACGUUUCAUUCAAAAAUAAAUUUAAUUUCUCAAGUAAACAAGAAAUUAUAAAUUACAGACAGCAGAGGUCUUCCACUGCAGGUCUUAAGUUAUAUUGUUUAUUCUAUAUUUAAAUUUCUACAUUGCGUAUUUAAAUUUUGUAUGCAGUCAAUGAAGGUCAGUCACAAAUUACACUGGACAUUAAAUAUUAAGAUACCUCAAUAUAGAUUUCAUCAGUCGGUAUCAUCAUUAAACAAAGGAGAGAUUUUAUAAAUUCAAAAAUAGAAAUAAUUCUCAUAACAAUCUUACCAAUUAUAUAAGAACAUGGCUUGACAACGGAUUCUUCCCCGAUAAGUUAUCCUGACAUACUGUACCAUUGUAUCACCAAGACCAGCGGCAAUUGAGGAUGAACAGUCCGGUUUUCCAUUUAUUCAGACAAAUAUUUUCAGAUCUAAAACCUGCCACAAUUUGGAAAUUAGGUAACAUUGAACUUUGCAAACUCAUAUGCAAAAUAUAUACAGGUAUGUAUGUAAAUAGCCUUGUUCAUUUCUGUCAUUUAUGUGGUAAUUCGUUCACGGAUGUUUUCUGCCACUCGUCUUGUUUGUGUCCUAGUACUGUCAGCAUACGAGACCAGUGCUGGGACUCCAUCACUAAUAACUUCAGUGUCGAACUGUGUGCAGAACUCCGUGAGCUCUCGGAAUUUGAAUGGUACCUUUUUUUUCUUGGUGGCCAAAUAUCUACACUUUUAAAUAAGAUGGACGCCACAUCAUUCCGUCUGCUGAACUUUAAAUUGGUGCGCAGCACUUCAGCCCUAUACUACAGAUGCUCACUGUAGUAAUUAUAUCUAUAUUAAAUAUGCUUUGGCUUUAAUAGGGACAGCUGCUACCAUAUGUACUCAUCUAUUGAGGUGUACAACUAAGAAUAUCCUAUUCUUUUCUAUUUUUGGUUAUAUUGUGUACAUAAUGUGUUUUCCCCCUUUCUUUCUUUCUUUGUAUGUACAUGUAUUUGUAAUUAUAUUGAUGUAAAUGUAUUUUCGUCAUAAUCUCCUAAGGGAGGAAAUAAAGUAUGAAUGAAUGAAUGAAAGAGGGUAUGUUUCGACAGUUUUAAUUCUUUUGUAUAUUCGAUAUGGUUUCUCCACAAAAAAAUACAAUAAAGAUAUAAAAAUUCUUGUAA